UGGUAAAACGUUUGUUGAUAUAAAUCUACAUUUGAGCACGGUAAGCAUUUACAGUGAAAUAAAAGUGCGCGUCUACAAUAGAAAUUAUUAUAUGAAUGACCGUUGUGAAAUAUUUACUAAACUAUAGGACUAGGAGUACCAAAAUCUGCAUCAGAUUGAAGGAAAAUAGCCUUUUAACGGAGGAAAAGAUCACUUGACCUGAAAUGUCAGUAGAAAUAAAAGGUGUACGCUCACUCAAGGGCGGGCUAUCAGAAGGACAAAAUGGAUAUGAGAACACUGCCUUCGAAAAAGAAAAGGGCUAUGGUUCUAUGGACACUAAUGUAGAUACGAACGUGACUGUAGAAAUAGAGCAGGAUACGGGAGAUGACUUUGAGUAUAACGCCUACCAGAAAACCCUUCUUUUCAUACAAGAUGGCUUAUCUGCAUCCUACAAGAGGCACAAUACUGUCAUAUGGACUGCUAUAGCAAUUAUUCUGUUCCUAGCAUACUUUGUAUAUUUCGCGCUUGCGCUGAAUUACAGAUUUGGUGAUGAAGGUUCCUGGCGAUUACUGGGUUUUACCAUAUUUGGAGUAGUGCUACUUGUUAUUGUGAAGUUGAGCAACGCUUAUGAGAAAGAGCUGGACGACUGGUGGGAUAGCACCCAGGAUCUCCGAGAUUCCAAAGCUUUAGGCAGAUUUGAAACCUUUAUAAACUGGUUUCUGAAGAUUGGAGUGUUUGCUGGUGUGGUUGCUUAUAUUGUCAUCGACAUCGCAAUAGACCACCCACAGAAUCUAAUAUCUGUCGCUGGACUUGUACUUUAUAUUAUCAUUUUCUACAUAACGUCAGUCAAUCCGGCCAGGGUGAACUGGCACACUGUUUUCUGGGGAAUUGCUUUACAAUACGUAUUUGCACUUAUGAUAUUGCGGACACAAUGGGGUUAUGACAUGUUUAAAUGGCUUGGAGAUCGUGUCACAGAAUUUCUGGAGUAUGUGAUGGCUGGGGUGAUAUUCGUCUUUGGUACUUCAUGGGGCGAUCACUUCUUUGCAUUCAAGGUGUUGUCUAUCGUUAUAUUCUUCUUCACGUUUAUCAACAUCAUGUAUUACCUCGGAGUAAUGCAAGCCAUCAUUAAAGUACUCGGAAGAUUUCUUGCUUUCUGUAUGGGAACAACCCCUGCCGAGUCCAUUAAUGCUGCAGCCAAUAUUUUUGUUUCCAUGACAGAAUCACCGUUGAUGAUACGGCCUUUCCUUAAAGACAUGACACGAUCAGAGCUUCAUGCUGUUAUGACAGGCGGAUUUGCUACAAUCGCUGGUAGUGUGUUAGGCGCUUAUAUAUCAUUUGGUGUUCCAGCAAACCAUCUUCUUUCUGCAAGUGUGAUGAGCGCCCCAGCAGCUCUUGCUAUAUCUAAACUGUCGUACCCUGAGACACAGAAAACUAAAGCAUCCAAUAAUGAUUUUUCAAAAAUGGAAAAAUCACCAGAACACAAUAUAAUUGAGGCAGCGUCGAAUGGAGCAACUUCGAGUAUAAAGAUUAUAGGUGCCAUAGCUGUAAAUGUGAUUGCGUUUUUGUCCUUGUUAGCGUUUCUUAACGCUACGUUAACGUGGUUUGGUGACAGAGUUGGAAUAGAAGGCUUUACAUUCGAGUACAUCUGUUCGUAUGUGUUAUAUCCAGUUGCUUACUUUAUGGGAGUGGAAACGGGUGAUUGCAGGAAGGUCGCUGAACUUGUCGGAGUGAAAACCUUUACAAACGAGUUUAUUGCAUAUGGCAACCUGAAAGUAUUGAUACAGAACAGAAAAGAUCUCGGCAACUAUACCGAUUAUUUCAACACAACCGAAUGGUUUUGGGAAAACGAUAAUGUUAUUUUGAACAUAACAGGACAAGUGUUAGAGGGAGGUUUUAUAACUGAAAAAUCUGAAAUAAUUGCCACAUAUGCUUUAUGUGGUUUUGCAAACUUCGGUUCAAUAGGGAUCACUUUAGGUGGUCUUGGAGCUCUCGCACCGACCAGAAAAUCCGACUUGACGAGGAUGGUGGUACGUGCGAUGAUUUGUGGGAAUGUUGCAUGCUUUUUGACUGCAUGUAUUGCAGGUCUUCUAUACAAACCAUUUUAAUGGAAGGAGGAGAAAAUACAUAGGUACAACAAAGAUAAGCCUGUUUUGUUCGUGAAUUUUCUUAACAUGUUAUAUCUGUUGGCCUGUGUUUAUAGCACCUGAUGUUAGUAAUAAAACCCUAGAUGAGAGUCAACAACUCUCUGGUUUAACACACAUUCUUAGUGCAUUUAGCGAUCAAAGACUGUAUACUGAUCGGUUAUAAUAAACAUUUAGUGAAAAUAGCGAUCAUGGACUGAAUACAGAUCUGGUUUUAAUACACAUUUUUAAUGAAUGUUGCGAUCAUAGUCUGAAUACUGAUCUGGUUGUAACAUAUAGUUUUAAUGAAUGUUGCGAUCAUAGAUUGAAUACUGACCUGGUUGUAACAUAUUGUUUUAGUGAAUGUUGCGCUCAUAGACUGAAUACUGAUCUGGUUGUAACAUAUAGUUUUAGUGAAUGUUGCGAUCAUAGACUGAAUGUAGCAUAUUUUAGUUUUGAAUAUGAUUGCUUUCGCUUUCCUCACAACAAAGAGACCUGUUUUCAAAUCAGCACCGAAUCACAAGUUUAAUAUUAACAUAUUGGUUUCUCCUCUUGCUGCGAGCAUUAUAAGAGCGCUGUAAUCACUACUAGUAUCUGGAAGGAAGGUCCAAGAUGUGUUCAUGGUUUCCACUGCUUACUGCUGCCACAUUGAUUUGUUAUGACAUUUUGCCUGUCGCUAUAUUAGUUAGAGGUUUUAUUAGGCAGUUACUUUGUAUGUUCGCCCAUUUGUAAAUACACAUUUGGUCAUAUUUUUUAAUUAUUUUGAUUUUGAUAAAAAAGCAGUUGUUUUUAACAUGUUUUUCUUUUUAAAAGACGUUAUACCGACCCAAAUAAAUCUACAUGUAAUAUAUAUUUUCAUAUUGCAUAAUGUUACGAUUCAGAUCUAAUGUGUGUCGAAAACGUUGUUUCUUAUAUUACAAGAAUCAAAUAUAUGUAAUAAAACGAAGAUAUACAUAUAAUUUUGCAAAUAUGAUUCUUAUUUGAUAUCCAUUAUUCCGUUGCUAAUUAUAUAUUUGUGUAAGUUUUGUCGUUGUACUUGUUUUAUAUAUCUUAACGCUUCAUUCAUGUCUCGAAUCUUAAAAUUAUCAAAACAGAAAGAGACAUGUAAAUGAUCCAUUAAUAAAAAAGUAUUGAUAGAUAUUUCAUGUAUGAACUGUAAUGGACAGGUACAUGUAUAUAAAAUCAUUUACCUGUACAUAACCAGUAAAGGUUGUCUUUUAAUGCAGAUGAUAUAUCACACUGCUGUUUUUAUAUAAAUACUGCUCAAACUUCACCCAAAAUUUUCAUUUUAAUGCUUCCAUGGAACUGUGCAUGGAGCAUAUAGUUGCCGCCUUGUCCGUCUGUCCCUCAAGAAAACUCCUCCCAAAGUUUUCUAGGGUUUUGGUCCAAACUUACAGAAAUGAGUUGCUAUGAUGUGAACUUGAACAUAUUGUCCGGACAUGAAUGUACUAUCAUCCUACAGUUUUCAAGGGAUCAGACCAGAAUUUAUUAAAAUAUAUUAUUUAGUAGUGAACUUGCGUCUACUGGCAGGUCAUGAAUAUACCAUCCAUGUCCCUCUGAAAUUGUACAUAAACCGUUAUAUAUGCUGAUAUAAACCUUGUCCUCCAGAUAAUUUCUCUUACAGUUUUCAAAGGAUUUGUCUCAAGCUUACAGAAAAAAUAUCAAUAUGAAGUGAAUUCACGAACUCUUUCAAGACAUAAAUCUAUCAUGCCCGGUUAUAACUUGUUGCCCUUUAAAGUUUUACAAGAUGCAGAUAACUACAAAUAACCACUGAAGCGGCAAUGCCUCUAACAGUUUUUAAGGGAUGUGGCCCUAACUUUUAGAAAUGUAUAACUAUGAAGUUAACAUGUACAAAUUAUCAGUUCAUAUGAAUCAUGCGAGGUUCAAGAGAUAUGGCCCAUUAAAAGUUUACAAAAUGCUAUAUUAUGCUGUAUGGAUAACUCCUGUAACAGUUUUCAAGGAACCUAGGACAAACAUUGAGUUGUUAAAAUGUAAACCUGUGCAUAUUGUCCAGAUAUGCAAGUGCUAUCAACGUAUAAACGUUCCUAUCCCUAGCAAAUGCACCCUACUCGUUUUCACCAAACAACACAUACUGUCAGGAUAUAGAUGUACUCCUGCAUAUCCUGGUAUAAAAGCCCCACGCUCCGAAUAAGCACGCCCUCCACCUCCUAUUUUCUAAAUAUAUAUAUAGAAAAAAAAUUAUUGGCGCAUAUCCUGUCUCGGGGGAGCAUAUAACAGUAUAUAUGGUAGCUCUUGUUUUUUUUACAGUUCGGAAAACAGUGAUGUAGGUUGGUAUGUUGCUUGAUAAAUAUGUUUUAUAUAGUUUUUUGUUGAUGUGUUAAUUUUUUAUCUACGACAAUUUUCAACUCUUAGAAAUAAACAAGUAAAGUCCUGUU